AAUUCACCACUUCACUGAUCAACCUUAAAGAAAGAGCUCGCUUCAAACGGGUUUGCAUUAUGAAUAUCUCUACAUCUUAGACAAAGUUUGUUUAGGCUGAAGGCUGAGGAGAGGACUUUGUGAAGAUGUCUGAGCAGGCAGAUGACUAUGAGCAUGGAAGGAUCAGAGAGCUGCAGGAGCAGCGUAUGGCUGUGCAGAAGAAGACUUACACCAAGUGGAUGAACAGUGUUUUCUCUAAGAACGGGGAAAAGGUCGUCCUGAAUGAUGUGUACACUGAGCUGAAGACGGGAAUACACCUGGUGCGACUCUUGGAGCUCAUCUCAAGGGAGAAGCUGCCCACUCCCAGUCGACGCACCCUUAGAGUGCACUGCUUGGAGAACAAUAGCAUCGCCAUCACCUUUCUCAAAACCAAGAUUCGAGUAGAUCUGAUUGGCCCUGAAAACAUAGUGGAUGGAGACAGAACCCUAAUCCUCGGUCUCAUCUGGAUCAUCAUUCUCCGCUUUCAGAUCGGGGCAAUUAAUCUCGAUGAGGACAGUGGUGAUUCCAGCUUAGCACGGCGUUCGGCCAAAGAGGCUCUUCUGAUCUGGUGUCAAAGGAAGACUGCUGGCUAUGCCAACGUGAAUGUUCAGGACUUCUCUGGCAGCUGGAGGGAUGGGCUGGCUUUCAAUGCUCUUAUCCAUGCUCAUCGGCCAGACCUAUUUAGCUACAGCCGACUCCAUCCAGAUGAGGCAAGAAGGAACUUGGGUCAUGCUUUCAGCCUGGCCGAGAGUGAAUUUGGCAUUAUGCAGCUGCUGGAUGUGGAAGAUAUAGUAGUGCCUCAUCCUGAUGAGAAGUCCAUCAUGACUUAUGUCUCACUUUACUACCACUACUUCUCCAAAAUGAAGCAAGGGCAGACCAUACAGAAGAGGAUAGCCAAGAUUGUGGACCUUCUGAAAGAGCUGGAUGACAUGAAAGGCCAAUAUGAGGACAUGGUCUCUAACCUACUUCUUUGGAUCAAAACUAAAGUGGUCGAGCUGGAUGACCGCUCCUUCCCCAACUCUCUGCUGGGUAUGAAGCGGCUGGUGGCUGACUUCAAGACUUACCGCACCGUGGAAAAGCCUCCCAAGUAUCAGGAGCGAGGUGCCAUUGAGGCCCAUCUCUUCAGCCUCCGCACAAAGCUGCGGGCCAACAACCAGAGGGCCUACAUCCCUCCAGAAGGCAAGACUGCAGGAGACAUUGAGAGGAACUGGACCCUGCUGGAGAGGGCAGAGCAUGAGCGGGAGAGAAAUCUGCAGAAUGCCCUCUUGAGGCUGGAGCAACUCGAACAGCUUGCACAGAAAUUUGGCCGCAAGGCAGCACUGAGGGAGAGCUACCUGCAGGACACGCUGCAGCUGAUCCAGAAGGAGGACCUGAGAGGGCUGGAGAGUCUGGAGGAUGCCCAGGCUACAGCUAAAAGACUGGAGGCCCUAAGCACAGAUGUGCUGGCUAGUGAGCCCCGUUUUCAGGCCCUCACUGACAUGGCGUCUGUCAUUGAGAGGGAGGACUACCAUAGCAAAGAACAGCUCAUCAGCAGGCAAAAGAAAAUCACCAACAAAUGGCAAGUAUUGCUCCAGCAGCUGCAACAACACAGAGAUUCCAUUGGAGAUGUUGUGAACACGCUAGCUGUCCUUAAGGAUAUCGAAUUAGUCUCCCUGGACCUCAAGGAGCUUCAGGUCCAAGCAGAAUCCUCUGAUUUGGGGAAACAGUUGCCAGAGGUGGUGGAUUUACUGCAAAAGCAGGACCUGUUGGACACUCAGAUCUUCUCUCUUGGAGAAACACUGAGUUCCAUCAGCAGCAGUGCCUUAAGGGGGAAACAUAGGGAUAUGUCACAAGUUCAGAGCAGAGUGAAAGAACUCAAUGUCCAGUACAACUCCCUUCUGGCUCUCAGCAAGAACAGGAGGAAAGCACUGGAAGGACAGCUGAAGCUAUUUGAGUUCUUCCAUGACUGUGAGGAAGUGGAGGCAUGGAUCUAUGAGAAGUGGCUUCUGGUGCAAGCAGCAUCUUUGGGCAGAGACCUCAGUCAGACUCAGCAAGCCAUUCAAAACCAUAAGACUUUGGAAGCAGAAGUGCAGUCACAGGAGUCUCUGUGCUCAGGAGUAGUUUCCAGGGGUCAGGAGCUGUGCAGGGGUAGACACCCCAAUGAAAGGGACAUUCAGAAAUGGAUACGUACCUUGCAGAAACAGUGGCAGCAGCUCAGAGAUCAAGUCACCAACCGCAAGAACAGACUUCAUGCAGCCAAUGUCAUCAAACAGUAUUUUGCAGAUGCAACAGAAGCUAAGUCAUGGCUUAAUGACCGCAAACCCCUCAUCAUUGAUGAGGAUUAUGGGAAGGAUGAGUUGAGCACUAGUGCCCUGCUCCAGCGCCACCAGAGACUUGAGAAGGAAAUGGAGGCGUAUGCUUCGGAGGUGAAAAGGCUUGGGGUGCAGGCUAAAAGUGCUGUCCAACUUGCUCCACUAACUACAGAACCUCAGCAGAGCAAAAUGGUCCACUACAGUGAUUCAUCAGGAGAUGAAGGAAAGACAGUAAAGGAAAAAGAAACAAUAUUGAUGAAAAGCAGAAGAAACAUCAAGGCAGAGGAAAAUUCACCAGCUCCUGAACAGCAGAUACAGCAGUUUAACGCCAAAAUGAGGUUCAAAUACAGAGGUGUCAAGUUUACCUGGGAUCGUGGGGAAAUGGUGACAAUCCUCCGUAGAGAGAAAGAUGAUAAAAUGCUUGUGCGAGAUUGUAAAGGAAAUGAGCAACUAGUGCCUUCUACAUACAUUACAGAGCUGCCAUCAACUGAAGCACCACCUGUGCCUACUAAUGGGGUUCCAGAGAGCCAGACAUGGAAAGUGAGUCGUCCUCGCCGCACCCGCUCUAUGCGCCGGGGCACUGCCGAAAUCUCUUCUGCUUCAAUUCCUGAUCCACACUUCCAGAAAGACACCAUAGAAAGUACCCAGAGCAGUUUAGAAAAAGACUUUGAUAAUCUUUAUCAUCUAGCACAGUCAAAAAGAAAGAUCUUGGAUGAAACUGCUCAACUCCAUCAGUUCUACAAUGCCUGUGAAGAGUUUGAAUCCUGGAUGGAGGACAAGGAGAAUAUCCUCCGAACUUUCAGCUCCAACGCUGACAACCUUGAGGUUGUGCAGGCAAAGUAUGAGAAUUUCCUUACAGAGCUGGCCAGUGGGAAGCGUCAGUUUGAUGACAUCACCAAACUGGGUGAAGAACUUGUGAAAAAGCAGCACAGCAAAAAGAGAGAAAUUAAGUCCAGACAAGCCCAGGUCGCUCACAGGUGGGAGAACAUUCAGGCCCUGAAAGAUGAGAAGGCUCAUGAACUCCUCAGCUCAGCUGAUAUCAAGUCAUUCUUGCACACCUGUGAGGAUGUCAAAGUUCAGCUCCUGGACAAGCUCGACCAACUGGAUACUCCUGAUGUGGGCAGUUCCCCUUCGGCCCUGCAAACUGAGGAACGCAACCAAGUCCAGUCUGAAAGAGAGAUAGAAGCCCUGGAGAGAAAGAUAGAAUAUCUUAAGAGUGUGGCCAAGAUGAAACGGGACUGCAGUCCUGCAGAGAGUGCUGCCAUCAUGGAGGAGGUCCAUGCUUUGGAGGAUCUGCUGCGGCAUGUCAAGGCCCAAGCUACUAAAAGACAAAGCAUGCUUGAUAAGGCUCAACGCCUGCAGCAUUUCCAGAAGGAGUCCAAGGACCUACUGCUGUGGGCAGAGGCAAUGGAGGAUCGCCUGGUGGAAGAAGAGAAUAUCUCUGAUGUAGCCUCUGCUCAAGCCCUGUUGAAGGAGAAUCAGGAAGUGAGGCUAGAGAUCGAGCAACAGCGAGCAAGGUUGAGAACCAUGGAGAAGCUGGGCGAGUCUUUGGAAGCAUCGUCUGGGGACAAAGUCAUUAAAGAUGUCCAGCAAACACUGGCAAAGUUAAACCAAGAAUGGAGCAAGCUGGACAAACUGUGGUCCAGUCGAAACAGGAGGCUGCAACAAGGACUUGAACUCCAGAAACUGAACAUGGAAGCAGAUCGAAUAGAUGCAACAAUAUCCAGUCAUGAAGCCAGACUAAAAAUCAAAGACCUUGGGGACUCUGUGGACAGCGUUCGCAGUUUGCUUAGCCGACAAGAGGAACUGGAAGGUUUGCUUGGAGCUCUUGACCAGCAGAUCAGCACCUUUCAAAACAGGAGCCAAGAGCUCAUUGACAAACGUCACUUUGCAUCCCAACAGAUUCAGCAGCGAUCUCGGGCCAUUGAAGAACGAAACAGGAAGCUCAAAGAAAAUUGUAAACAGAGAAGACUGGAGCUGCUUGCCUCCACAAAAUACCAGGAGUUUUACAGAAAUGCAGAGGAGCUGCUUCUUUGGAUGGAGGAGAAAUUUAAAAUUGCUGAGGAUGAGUCAUACAGAGACCCUACCAACAUCCUCCGCAAACUUAAAAAGCAUGAGGCAGCUGAGAAAGAAAUGCAAGCCAAUCAAGUUCGUCUGGACAGACUGAUCGAGGCAGGAGAAGAGAUGGCAGCUGAGCAUCACUGCAACAGUCAGAGUAUUCAGAGGAAAUCUCGUCUGGUACGCAAUCGGUGGAGCGAGCUCCAGAGGAAGAUGGCAGAAAGAGGAGACAAACUGAGACAGGCUGGCCAACAGGAACAACUAAUGGAGCUACUUCAGGAUGCCAAAGUGAAAAUUGAGGAAAUUCAGCGGAUGCUGCAGUAUGCACCAAGAGGCAAUGACCUACGCUCAAGUCGACAGCUCCUCAAGGAACACAAGCAACUGGAGCAGGAAGCUCAGGAAUUGGCAGACAAAAUCAACUCCAUUGUCACCCGUGCCAAACACCUGGCCACAAACCACUUUGACUCACAGAGAAUCCUCCACGAGACAGACACCUACCUGAAACUGUUUAAGUCUCUACAGAAGCCUCUGGAUCAUCGCAGAAGCCAGCUGGAAGUAGAUGUGGCCCUCUAUAGCUUUUACCAUGAUGUAGACUUGGAGCUUACAUGGAUAUCUGAACAUUACCCUUUAGCAGAUACCAGUAGCUAUGGCAAAUCCCUUUCUGGAGCCAUCAACCUCCUACAGAAACACAAGGAGCUGCAAGCAGAAGUGAAUGCCCAUAGCCAAUAUCUUCAGCGUGUGCUAGACAGAGGGCAGGCCAUGGCCAGGUCCAGCCAAUGGGAUGGCCAGGAGGUGCGGCAGAGGUGUGACCACUUAUCUGCAGAGUGGGAGGAGCUAGAGGAUGCCUGUGAAAAACGUUCAGCCCAUCUCAACAAAGCAGUCGUGCGGGAACAGAUCUUGCUUGACUGCGCAGAGUUGGAAAACCGCCUAUCUGAAACAUCAGCCUUGGUCAGUUCUGACUAUGGAAAAAAUGAAUUGGUCACACAGAGUCUUAUGAAGCAGCACCAGGGUGUAGAGGGUCAGAUUGAGGUGCUAGCUGCCCAGGUGGAUGAACUCAAGUCCAUUGUAGACCAGGCUGUGCGUGCUUGGGGCUUAGAGGAAGUGAAGAGAAACUAUAGCCACAUUAGAUCUCAGCUAAGUGAAUUACAGCACUCAGCUACAGUGAGAGACCAAAGGCUCCAGGAGACCCUCUAUUUGCAUGAAUAUAAACGUGAGUCCUCAGACCUGGAAGAGUGGAUAGCUCAGCAGCAUCUGAUUGCCUCCUCUGACGACUAUGGCUCCGACUAUGAGAAUGUACUGCAACUACAGGCGAGGUUUGAGGUGUUCCUGAAGCAGUUAGAUGUGGGCUGGGAUACAAUGCACAUAUGCAAAGAACUUGCUCACAGUCUCAUCAGAAACAACCAUCCUGAGAGGAACUUCAUCGAGGAGACGCAGGAGCUACUUAGUGAAUCAUGGGAUGAGCUGCAGAAUUUGGCCAAAGAUCGUAAGGAGAACUUGCACAAAUCUGAGGAAUGUCACAAAGUCUACAAAGACUUGACUGAUGCUCUGGGACACAUAGAGGAUAGGUACAAAAGCAUUCCUGAUGAUGUCGCCAAAGACAUUCAAGGUGUGGUGUUGCAGCUAAGGAAGCAUGAUGCUUUGGUGCAUGAGCUAGCUGGAAAUGAGCAGCAGCUGCAGGAGCUCUUGGAUGCUGCAGACUCCAUUCUAGAUUUAUGCUCCCCACAACUGAAAGGUAAGAUGCAGGAACAGCAGCAGGAGGUGGUUGAGAGCUGGGAGAGACUCCGGAUGCAAAUGGAGAAGAGGGAGGAGGAGUUGCGACUUUCCAAACAGCGUUACCUCUUCCUCAAUACAGUGCAGGACUAUUCUCUGUGGUGUGCUCAAGUACUGAGUGGAAUGAAGGCAGAGGAGUCCAUUCGUGAUGUGGCCACAUGUGACCUGCAGCUUUUCCAGCAUCAACAACUGUGGGCUGAGAUUGUAGCCCGUGAAGAGACUUAUGCCCAUGCUGAAGCUAUGGGCCAACACCUACAGGAGCAGGACAGUUAUAAUGCUAGGGAGGUUCAAGAAAAACUGAGAGCUUUGCAAGAUGGGAGAGAAAGACUGACAGAUAAUUGGGAAUCGAAGCAGAAAUGGCUAGAGAACACCUAUCAGGAGCAGGUGUUCUACAGAGACAUUGAUCACAUGGAAAAGAUCACCAACUCCCAAGAGGUUCACUUGAAAAACAGUGAUUUGGGAGCAACAGUGGAUGAGACAGACACUCUAAUCAAACGUCAUGAAGCCUUUGAAAAACUGCUUGCUAGUCAGGAAGAUAAGAUGGUUGCUCUUCAGGAGUCAGCUGACAGUUUGAGGAAAGGGGAGGUGACAAGAGAGAAAGCCAACCACAUUAAGAACAAAUUCAAAUCUCUCAGAGACAGGAGGGAGCGCGUCAAAGAUCUGUCAACAAAACGCAAGGAGGAGCUUGAGACUUCACGGCUUCUUUGUAUCUUCAACAGGAAUGCAUCUGAGGCUGAGGAAUGGAUAUCAGAACGCAUGCAGAAGCUGCAAGAGGAUUCCAAGAUGGACCUGAGCAACCUACAUACCAAAAUGAAGCUACUGCAGAAGCAUCAGGUUUUCGAGGCAGAGAUUCUGGCCCAUGGCAAGAUCAUUGAAUCUGUUCAGCAGACAGGAGAUGAACUGGUUUCCCUUCGUCAUCCCAAGUCCAGGGAGGUGCGACAGAGUGUCUCUGCUCUGAUCUCUCACUGGGAGGCUCUAAAACAAGCCGUUUCUGCCCGAGGGAAAGUUUUGGAAGACAACCGUGACUUUCUAGAGUUCCUUCAAAAAGUAGAGCAGGUUGAAGUUUGGAUCCGACAGAAGGAGGUAAUGAUAAAUGUGGGGGAUCUUGGUGAGGACUAUGAACAUGGUCUGCAAAUACUGAAAAAGCUGAGUGAGUUCAGAAGCUCCAGCCUUGGGAUUGUGAUUGUAGAUGAUGCCCAUAUCAAGGCCAUUAACAGCCUGGCUGCUCGCCUAGAGAGGCAGAACAACGAUGAACUGGCCACUGUGAAGAAGCGCAGGCAGCAGCUCAAUGAGAGGUGGAAUAAUUUCCAUGGGAACCUGAGCAGCUAUAAGAAGAAACUAAAAGCAGCACUGGAGGUCCACUCAUUGAUCCGUGACCUUGAGGAAGUCAGAGAAAGGGCAAGUGAAAAGAUGCUGUUGCUUCAAGGUCAAGGCUGUGGAGAGGAUGUGGAGAGUGUGGAGAACCUCAUGCGCAGACAUGAGGAGAUGGAACGGGAAGCCAGAGUUAUCCAGGAAAGAGGCGAUGUUCUAGAGAGAGCGACCAAAGAUCGACUAAGGACUCUUUCUGACCUUUCUGACAAGCUCAGCAAGAAACAGAGAGAUGUUAAUACCACUUUAAUGAAGCUGGACAAGGAAGUAAAAUUAAGAAAGGAGCAUUUACAGGAGUCUCACCAGUUCCAGCUGUUUAAGGCUAAUCAGCGUCUGCUGUUGGACUGGACACUGAAGCAGACUGCUGAAAUGGGGAAGAAGGGGCUGCCCAAGAGUAAAGCUGAAGCAGAGAGCUUUAUAGUGGAGCAUCAAGAUUGGAAGACAGAGAUAGAUGCACGCGGUGAGCGGAUCGAUUCGGUGAAUCAUUUUGGGCAGAAUCUAGUGAAGUCUGGCCAUAGUGAUACAGCAGAAAUAAAAAAAGCCUUAAACAAACUUGAAGAUGCUAAAGAUGGGCUCAUUCAAGCAUGGAAAGAAAGAAAGACCAUACUGAACCAGGCACUGGACCUGCAGAUAUUCCUUGGCCAUGUGGAACAAAGUGAGAUUUUAUUGAGCAAUAUGGAAGCUUUUCUGGCCAACAAAGAUCUUGGGGACUCCCUAUCAGAGGUGGAGGCUCUUCAGAGGAAGCAUGCUCUUUUUGAGAACUCUAUAGAAGCUCAGCUAGAGCAGGUGGAGGAGGUGGAGAGAUAUGCUCAGCAGCUGACACAGAAAAAACAUUAUGACUCAGACAACAUCAGAAGAAAGGACAAGGCUGUUCAGCUCAGAAAGGGAAAAUUGGUGGAGAUGAGCAAAGCACGACAAAAAGCUUUGGAGGAAUCGUUCCAGCUACAAAAAUUCUUAGAAGCUAGUUAUGAGGUAUGUUCAUGGUUGAAUGAGAAGAAAUCAGUGGCUCAAGAUGAAAACUGGAGAGACCCCAUCAAUUUACAGGCCAAGCUACUGAAACACCAAAGCUUUGAGGCUGAAGUUCUGGCCAACUGCAACUCUGUGGAAGCCCUCACUAAGGAAGGUGAGAUGAUGUUAGCUGCUGGUCACCCAGCCAAGGGCAAGAUUAAACCCAAAAUGAAAGAUCUCACUGAUGGCUGGGAACAACUUUUACUCAACUGCAAGGAGAAGAAGACACGUUUACAAGAAGCAUAUCAGGCUUUGCAAUUCCAGCGCUCUCUGGAUGAUGUUGCAGAGUGGCUGGAUUCCGUGGAAGUUGAAAUGAGCAAAGAAGAUUGUGGGGAGGACCUGGCCUCAGUCAGCAGACUGCUGAAGGCUCUACAGGAGUUGGAGGAAGUGGUGGAUGGACAUCUGGAGAAGGUUCAGGGUCUAGUUGACACAGCCAAAGACUUUAGCUCCCAAGGCAACUUCCUGGCUGGGGAGAUCCAACAACGGGUUUGGCACACAGUCAAUAGGUACAAUGGUCUGGCCGAGCCACUCCAGACUCGUAGAGAGACAUUGGAGUCAUGGCAGCUGCUGUACCAGUUCUACAGAGACAUAGAGGAUGAACUGGCAUGGAUUCAGGACAAGCUACAGGCCACAGGAUCAAAAGACUUGGGCACUUCCCUGCAGAGCACACAAGCCAUGCUCAAAAAGCACCAGGUGAUAAUGCAAGAAAUUGAAGGCCGUACCCCUCUGGUGCAUGCUGUACUGGAUGCAGGACAGAACUUGGUGAGAGGCAGGCACUUUGCAUCACAGGAGAUCAGCGGGAGACUGGCUGAGCUAAGGGAGCUCUUUGACACUUUAAAGAAAGAGUCUGCAGUUAGGGGCCGACUCCUACAAGAAGCACUGAAAAUCCAGACCUUUCUUUCAGAGAUUUCUGAGCUGGAGCUGUGGAUGGAUGAACUGAUUCCUGUGCUUGAGUCCAGAGACUAUGGUAAAAGUGAGGAGGCCACAGGGACACUACUUAGGAAGCUGGACACAGUAGACCUAGAGUUGGAAAACCACCUUGGAAAAGUGGAGUCAUUGCAAAAGACCGGAGUUGAACUGGAGAAGUCUGGCCAUCCCAACAGCCACUUAGUCAACAAAUGUGUCACAGACUUAGGAAAAAGAUUUACGUCUCUGCUGCAGCUGUCUGCUGAGCGCCGUGCAUUGCUGGAGGACCAGUACAAUCUUUAUGUUUUUGAGAGGGAGGCCAGAGACCUGCAGAGCUGGCUUCUCUCUCGCAAGACCCUUGCUGAGUCAGAUGAAUACGGACAAGAUCUGGAUGAUGUGGAGGCACUGCAGAAAAAAUUUGAGGAUUUUGCAGGUGAGGUCAACAGUUUGGGUCAGAACAAACUCACUACAGUCCAAAAGCUGAAAGAAAAGGUGAAAUCCUCAGAAGUUCAUCAAAGAGAGAAGGCACUACUGAAUUUAUGGGAGGACCUAAACAAAGCUGUGAAAACACGAGCAGAGAAUCUGAGAUCAGCUCGUGAGGUUCACCAGUUUGACCAUGACUUGGAUGAGCUGAGGAGCUGGAUAAGUGAGAAGGAGGUGGUGUUGGACUCAGAGGAGCAGGAGCAUGACCUGCUAAGUGUCCAGGCUCUGAUUCGACAGCAUGAAGGCCUUGAGAGAGAUUUGGCUGUAAUAGAGAAGGACGUGCAGCGCCGACAGGAAGAGGGUAGGGCUCUGGUCGGACGGUCUCCCCAGGUGAGGGUGAGUGUGUCUGAUACCCUGCAAGAUGUGGAGGAAAGCUGGGCAAGUCUCCUAGAGAAGGCCAGCCAUCGUAAACACAGGCUGCGGCAGGCUGAGGCUGUCCAGAGAUAUCUUACAGACUGGAGAGAGCUCAUGGCAUGGCUCAAAGAGUCGUUGUCUCUGGUGACAGGGGAGGGACUUAGAGGUGAGGUCAAAGACCUGAGACAGCUAAUCAAAAGGCACGAGGAGUGUCAUACCCAGAUUGACCGGCAGCUUGUUAAGUCAGAGACGGUGAAAAAUGAAGGGAGACAUCUAAUACACGAAGGAAACUUCAUGAGUCAAGAGUUGGAAGAUCGUCUAGCAGAGCUUCAGGAGCUAGAGGUGCAGGUUCUGCAGGGCUGGGCCGAGAGGAGAGAUAUGUAUCAGGAGGAGUUGGAGCUGCAGCAGCUUCAGAGAGAGCUAGAGCAAGCUGAACACUGGUUGAAUACCUAUGAGACUGCACUCAGUGCAGAGGACUAUGGGGACUCUGUUUCAGAUGUUCUGGAGCUGAUGAAGAAACAGGAGGAUCUGGAAGCCAUGAUUCAAGCUCAGAGUGAACGAUUUAACACCUUACAUAAGAAAAAAACACAGAGAGAGCAGAGGAUGCAAGAUACUUACGGAGGUGACACUAGCUCCAGGAAAAAGCCUGUCCGUGUGACUUCUCUUAAGAGAAAGCCAUCAGAUCAUCCUGUUUCAGCCUCUCGACCUUCAGUAGCCAACUCCAUCCUGAGAAGGAACAGCAGUGGCAGAAGCGAUGGUUCAUCUUCGACCUCCCACUUUUCCACAAAGUCUUCAAUCUUGAAGAGAAACAGCAGUGGCAAGGGUGAUGAUUCCUCUGUGGUUCCUCGAGUGGCGUCUGUGUUCAGGAGGAGCACCAGUACUAACGAUACCAUGACCAAGAUUCCCACUGCAUCCUCUCACUUUUCUGAAAGACAAAACUCGGUAGAAAAUCCCUUGCCAUCAGUUACUGCCAGUUCUGUUUACAAAUCCCACAAAAGCCCCAACUCAAAACAAUCCAACCAGACUUCCAUGCUUGAAGAUGAAGUCGAUGCCCCUGGACAAACAGAUAUAGCCUACAAACCUUCCUCGCCUGACACUUUUAAGCCAAGGAUCAUCCCCAGGAAGGUCAAAUCACCAAGUCCAAAGGAGGAGAUUGAGGAAGAACUGCCAACAUCCAUAUCUCCUGAACCAUCUUCUGUAGUCACCCCUGAGACAGCUGAAGCUACCAUUACUACUUCUCCAGUGAGUGACCCUCCUCUACCACCAUCUCCUCCCCCAUCUCCAUCCACUCAGAGUAAAUUAACGGAGGAAACUGAGGAAUUGAUUGAAGAAUCUUCUACUGAUCCUCCAGUAUCAACUGCUGUAGCUACCAAGGUGAGAGCAGAUUUUGUCAGAAUGGAGGGAGCACUGGAGAUUAAACUGAAACAAGGAGGAAUUACAGGUGUGGAUCACUGGGAGGCUGUUUAUGCACAACUGGAAGAAGAAACACUGAAUCUGUUUAAAGACCAGGAUGCUGCCUCUGAGAGUUGCACUCGGUGGCCCCCUAUUGCUAUGGUUGGAGCAAUUUGUAAAGAUAACCCAUACUACAGGAGAAAAAACUACACUUUCAAACUUGUACUUAAUGAUGGCAGUCACUACCUGUUUGCUGCCUCCACUCAAGAGGAACAGCAGCAGUGGGUGGAGGAGCUACAGAGCUGCACUGGUCAAAGAAGCUCAUCAGUGAAUACUGGCGCUGAAGCAAAGGAAGAGGCAGAAGAGCAGCGGGACUCAAAGUCGGUUGACACAUCUUACACUCAAGCCUCCACCAGAGAGCCAGUCCUGAAACAGGAUUCUACAGAGAGUUUGGAAAUAGAGAGGGGGCCACCUCCCAAACCGCCACACACAUACUACAAUAUGCACCGCUACCCAGAUGGAGGAGAGGGCAGAGACUCAGGUGACAUCAAUAGAUCUUCUGGAUCUUCUGUUGUCAGUUCCCACACCUUUGUUCAGAGAAAUAAAGGGUCUUUGAGAGGUCUGCAGAGGAGCAAGCCUCCCUCCCUCCCCUCAACCCUUCCCCCGUUGAACCAACAGGAGAGUGGAAACAAAGAAAAGACCAAAAACAAGAAUGUCUUCAAGAAAUUGUUCAAAAUAUAAUCCAUGCAGUGCUGCACAAAUCUCUACCUGGGAUGAACACUCUGUGAUUGCUAAGCUUCAAACGUUACUUAGAAAUCCUUACAGUCUGAAACAGGAUCAGCAUAUACAGUAUGAAAUCAUUAGUUUGAAUCAUGAGCAUUUAGUCUGUUUCAUGGCAUAUGAAUUUUAAGCAUUCUUGCACAUUUUGCAUACUGGCUCAAAAUACAUAUAUUUAAAUUUUUAUGUAGUGCACUGAUGAAGCCUGUGAUAUAAUCAUUCACUGUAUUUCCUCAUUAAAUAUUAAUUAAAUAAUA